GAUGACCACAGCCACCCCGUUGGGGGGCACUACCUUCUUCUCACUGAACGUGACCACCAGAGAGCAAGACUUUCUGUACAAGAGCUCUGGAGCCAUCGUUGCUGCCAUUGUGGUCGUUGUCAUUGUCAUCUUCACCGUGGUUCUGAUCCUGCUGAAGAUGUACAACAGGAAAAUGAGGACAAGGCGGGAACUGGAGCCUAAGAGGCCCAAGCCAGCAACCCCUUCUGCCUUGGGCCCAAACAGCAACAGCAGCCAACACCCCGCAGCCGUGACCUUCAGUCCUGUUGAUGUCCACAUGGAGACUCGGUGACCCCCACCCUGGUGCUGUCUUGGCCACCAUCUGAAGAGCCUUCUCCAGUCAAGACCCAGAAGCACAUUUCUCCUCUGGCAGCUUCAUUAUGAGUUCCUUCCCACCGACAGGGGUGUCUCUUAUACAAUUCCUGACGCUUCAGGCAACCCUUAACCCUGUCCCCCCUGCCCCUCCCUAGCUAUGUCCAUAUCCCUGUUGCCCCCCUUCCAAAAAGCUGUGGAACAUUCUUUUGUGAUCUGAUGAGGCAGACCCAUGUUGGGAAUCCACUGAAAUGGAUGUGGCUGUCUUCCCCAAACACAGUUGCUAGACAGACAGACAGACAGACAGUGCAGGAGUCUUCUAGUCAGGAGGCGGGGGUGAGGGUCUGCCACUGGGGUCAUCUCAGAAUAAGUACUGUCUACAUUCACAGCUUUACAAAGUAUUCAGUCCCAUUAAUCAGGCACAGGGGAACUAACUUGUUAACUUAGGCUGACGUCAACUUGGGCAAACUAACCAGUAAACCAACUUGUUAAUUGAUAACUUGUUUCAUCAUAGAUGAUUGCCAGCUAGCUCAUGACAGCCGCUCUGCACGUUUCUCCGUCUUUAAGAAAGGUUAUGGGGAAAACCAAAUUCUUCUUGAAAGGUCUCUACUUCAUGUGUAAAGAGUCUGAGAAGGACUAGAGUGACCUUGAGGAAUGAUGGCCUCUAAGACAAAAGCUUAUUGCAGGGUCCCUGGGCCUUGAAUGAGUCUCGGGCUAGCCAGAGGGCCCCUCUUCUCCCUUUGGGGCUGGGGUAAGCCUGACUCAGUCUCAUUUCCCAGCUCUCCUCUAUUUGGAUUCCUGGCAAUCCUCUCUCUCCAGGUAAACCUUCCCUCCAAGGACCAGUAUUAGAGACUGGUUAAGAUUACAACCCUGUGUACGUUACCUACGCCCUUCCCGGUCACCUUCCUGGUCACCUUACAGAGAUUCAGGGCACAUUCAAAGUAACACAUUUGCAAACCAUGUUUCUGUACAGAGCUGAUCUCUUCAACUCCUUAGCCUGGAGAACAAUGUGUUGAGACGGGAGAGCAUUUUUGAAAUUAAGAAGACUUGUCUUCCAAGACCCACCCCCUGGUCAUGUGGCCUUGGAAGAGACUUGAGCACUCACUCCAUAGUGGGUUUGCCAACCACAGGGUGGGAGUGAUGAUCUCUGCCUCACAGGGUUAUUAUAAUUAGCCAAGGACUUAGUGAAGCAACUCGGGGAGUGUCUGGCACCCAGUAGACGCUUAAUAAAUGAGAGUCAGUGUUAUUACAGUAUUUCUUCAAUUACAAUACAUCUAUUCACACGUUAAUGAUUCUGAAAUCAGAAUAUGUCUUUAAAUUGUUGGGUGCAUUAAUGUAGUUGUAUUUUUUCUCUCUCAAAAAGCUGUUUUUUAUACAAUUGAAGGCAUCUUGGAAGCAAGGUAAUAAAUCCUUAUCCUGUUAUAGAAAGUGACAUGCGCUGACCUUUAACCUCAAAUUCUAGGAGUCUCUUCCUCUCGGAGUCAGAAAUCUCUUCUGAGGGGAAAUUGAGGGUCAGGAAGGUAAAGAAGACUGACUCGGGGUCACAGAGUCAUGCCAUCCCACUAUAAAAAUGCUCGCUUGAAUACGUCUGGAAAAAUACUUGCAAAUUCUUCCUCCUCAAACAACAUCUGCCCCUACUGUGUUUAAAUAUCCACCAAGUACCAAGUACUUGGCAAGAUGCUUACACAUAAAUUGUCCCAUAGGAUUUAUUUUUCCUAAUAACCCUGGGAGGCAUUAUUUUUUUCUGUUUGCAGGUGACAAUUGCAAACUCAGAGAGAAAGGUACUGGCCCAAAGUCCCACAGCUAGUAAGGUGCAAAGACAAGACUCAGACCCAUGUCUCUUUGACUCCAAAGUGCCUCUCUCUCUUUUGUUCCAAAUUCUUCUGUAACCUCCCAGCUCAAAACACAGAAGUAUGGGGCGAACAAGAGGAGGACAGGGGUCCAUGUGUCUGAGCGGAAGUCAGGAAUCUAGCUUCGAAACUAACAGUGGGGGCAAAGCCACUCUGGUAGCCUCCUUUGAGUUUCCAUGAUUGGAGCCAAAGGACCACUCUCUAAACCCAUCGAAGCUCCAAGGAUUCCCAUUUCACUUCUCCUACCACUUUGUCCAAGAAGCAAGGAGUGGAAUGGUAUCCAACCAGGACAAAGCCAUUUCCUUAAGGACUCAAAUAGAUAGGUUUCCCAAAGAUAUUCUGCUUUAAAAAAAAUGUUUGGAAUGUUCCAGCCCUAAACCAAACUCUUCUGUCCACAGUGAAAUCUUCUUGGAAUUACUAGACGAAUUAUCUUCUGGUAUAUGUUGUUCUGCUAAAUGAAAGCUUGGAGAUGGAGGAGGGGGGAGAGGUAAGAGGGAGGCCAAGGAAAGGGUUUUAGUGUUUUGUUUUUAACUAAUGAAGAUAACUCAAUAAUCCUUUAAGGGCCCCUAUGUGCAAGUUGAGGUGCUACUAAACACAUUAAGUCAUGGUCCUCACUUUCAAAGAGUCUGCCACUGGUCUCCUGAGAUGGGGAUCUCACAACACAGUGGAGUAUUUCAUUUCUGACAGGUGCCUCUCCUAACUGAGCAGAUGCUGCCUUAUUGGGCCACUGAGUCAAUAAAAGAUUUUAAACAUCUAAAGAAAAAUGUCUAAAAAU